AUCCGUCUGGUCUGCUGACAAUGCCUCGGAGCCCCACCUCCAGUGAGGAUGAGAUGGCUCAGAGCUUUUCUGACUACUCGGACGAUUGUGCCUCUGACAGUUCCCGUGAGGAGACUAUCUACGAGACCAUAAGGGCCACUGCCGAGCCAACACUCACCCGCAUGGAUGACAUUCACAUGAAUUCGCUGGUCAUCCGUGUGGUCAUCCCAGACCUGCAGCAGACAAAAUGCAUGCGGUUCAACCCAGAUGCGACAGUCUGGGUUGCAAAACAACGGAUCCUUUGCACACUUAAUCAGAGUCUGAAGGACGUGCUCAACUACGGCCUUUUUCAACCAGCUAGCAGUGGAAGGGAUGGCAAGUUCCUGGAUGAAGAACACAUCCUGCGGGAGUAUCCCCAACCAAUUAGCAAGGGUGUUCCAUCUUUGGAGUUUCGUUACAAAAGCAGAGUGUACAGACAGCCGAAUGUGGAUGAGAAACAGAUUGGAAAACUUCACACAAAGGCCAAUCUGAGAAAGUUUAUGGAUCUUAUCCAGCAUAACCAGGUGGAAAAACUGUCUAAGAUGUUGGAGAGAGGCUUCGACCCCAACUACCAUGACAGUGACACUGGCGAGAGUCCGUUGACAUUUGCAGCACACCUUGACAAUGUAGUGGAGCUAAUCAAGGUGCUGAAAAAUGGAGGCGCUCACCUGGACUUCAGAGCCAAAGACGGCAUGACUGCUCUCCACAAAGCUGCAAGGUCCAAGAAUCAGGCUGCACUCACGACUUUGCUGGAGCUGGGAGCAUCUCCAGACUACAAGGACAGCUGUGGACUGACUCCUCUGUAUCACAGCGUGUUGGUGGGUGGAGAUCCAGGCUGCUGUGAGCUCCUGCUGAAUCACCAUGCUGCUGUCUGCUGCCAGGAUGAGAACGGAUGGCACGAGGUUCACCAGGCUUGCCGUCACGGCCACGUGCAGCACUUGGAACAUCUGCUGUUCUACGGAGCGGACAUGAGAGCCCAGAAUGCCUCAGGAAACACGGCACUGCACAUCUGUGCCCUCUACAACCAGGAUAACUGUACCAGAGUGCUGCUGGUCCGUGGAGCCGACAAAGAAGUGAAAAACUACAACAGCCAGACUCCAUUUCAGGUUGCCAUUAUUGCUGGGAACUUUGAGCUUGCUGAACUCAUCAAGAACCACAAAGACACAGACAUUGUGCCUUUCCGCGAGGCUCCAGCCUAUUCCAAACGCAGACGGGGUCAGUCUUCUGGCAACAGCAGCAGAAACAGCAAGUCCCCCUCCACAUUAUCAGCGCCACAUGUACUUGUGCGCUCCAACAGUGACAACAACCUCACAGUGAGUCAGUACCAGGUGCAGCAGGUCGGAUCUCCAAGUAACUGGGCCCCACAUCUGCAGCAACAGCCCCAAACUCAGGGCCACCCACACAGGGCCCCCCUGCAGGGUCACUCACAGUCUGGCUCCUCAGCGUUACAUCGUAGCCUGUCCCCCCAGCUGAUACAGCAGAUGCCCAGUGGCAGCCCCAAUGGCAACGUGGUGGUCCGGACCAUGGGAAGGGGGUCGAGGAGCCGGUCGCCCUCUCUCAGCCGGUUGGGGGAAGAGGCUCGGCGUAUCGGGCCUUCACAGCGGCAGGCCAGUCCCGGAAAUCAUGGUGAGGCUGUAGGAACCAGGAGGAAGCUGUACAGCGCCGUACCCGGGAGACAUUUUGUGGUGGUUCGCUCUUACACUGCCCAAGCCGAGGGAGAGAUUAACCUCUACAAGAGUGAUAGGGUCAAAGUCCUCAGCAUCGGGGAGGGGGGUUUCUGGGAGGGCAGUGCCCGAGGCCAGGUGGGCUGGUUUCCAGCUGACUGCGUGGAGGAGAUCCCAGCCAAAGCCACAGAGGAGAGGAGCUAUUCUAGAGCGGACCGUGCUGACAGACGGAAGCUCUUCCGACACUACACUGUGGGGUCCUACGACAGCUUUGACGCCUCCAGUGACUGCGUGGUGGACGAGAAGACCGUGGUGCUCCAGAAGAAGGAGAAUGAGGGCUUCGGCUUCGUCCUCCGAGGGGCCAAAGCAGACACGCCCAUUGAGGAGUUUACGCCGACGCCGGCCUUCCCUGCCCUGCAGUACCUGGAGUCUGUGGAUGAGGGAGGUGUGGCAUGGCAGGCUGGACUCAGGACGGGGGACUUCCUCAUUGAGGUAAACCAGGAGAACGUGGUGAAGGUGGGCCACAGGCAGGUGGUCAACAUGAUCCGACAGGGAGGCAAUCGGCUCCUGAUCAAGGUGGUGACAGUGAGCCGGAAUUUGGACCCCGAUGACACGGCACGCAAAAAAGCUCCUCCACCUCCGAAGAGAGCACCCACCACAGCCCUGUCAAUGCGCUCCAAGUCCAUGACCUCUGAACUGGAGGAACUCGUAGUGGAUAAGGCCACUCUACGGAAAAAGAAAGUUGACAAAGUUGAAGAGAUGUCACAUGCCCAGAAGGCCACACCGGUGGAUAUGAAGAUUGCCACAAUCAAACCCCGCCCAUCAAGUCGCUGCUUAGUUACGGCCGCUGACAUGAAUUCCCUGUUUAAUGACCGUCAAGGAGUAGCAGUGGUACCACCCACCGUGCCAGGAGGGUUCCUGGGGAUACCUGAGAAGAGUACCUUGAAAAAGCAAAAGUCAAUAGGUACAACAGAGGAUGAGAAGCAGGGAUUCCUCACUCCCCCUCUACUCAAGUUUUCCCGCAGCCUCUCUAUGCCUGACACUUCAGAGGACAUCCCUCCUCCUCCAGCCAUUUCACCCCCUUCACCGCCUGCUGCCUACAACUCCACCAGUAGCCCUACAGCCAAGACCUACAGCACCACGCACCCCAGCUUCACUCAAAACUCACCUGCGAAUGCAGUUACAACCAUUAGUCGAACUACAGACGUAGGUACAUUAAGGCGUGGCUACUUUCGCCAAAGCUCAGAGCAGUUUGACAGCAUGCGUACUCGAGGGCGCACACCGGUGCCUGAAAACCCUUACUCUGAAGUGGGUAAUAAGACACUGUAUGUACCAGCAAAACCAGCUCGCAGGAAGGGCAUGCUAGUAAAGCAGUCCAAUGUUGAGGACAGCCCUGAAAAAACGUGUAACAUGCCAGCAAGCCCUUCAGGCCCAGUUUCCAUGCCAACUACACCUGUAGAGCGAACAUGCUCCUCCAUACCCAUUCCAACCAUUAUCAUCAAGGAGCCUUCCACCAGCAGCAGUGGCAAGAGUAGCCAGGGUAGCAGUAUGGAAAUUGAGCCCACCACUCCUGAACACCCACCUCUCACACCAACUGUUACUGGAAGUGGUGGUUUGCGGCCUGAAGAUCCAAUGGCUCUCAACAACCCCUUUGCUGCAGCUAUUGCUGGAGCUGUACGGGACCGGGAGAAGCGGUUAGAAGCAAAAAAGAACUCAAUUGCCUUCCAGUCAAUGGACAUGGGAGACGAUGAUAUAACGGGUCCCACACCCACCCCACGCCUUCGACAGUCCAAGUCCAUUGAUGAAGGUAUGUUUAGUAGUGAUGAACGGCUUCAAAGGAUAAUGGCUCCCCUUCCUGCAGAAGGGCUUGGGCCUCCUGUUGGGGGUGGAAGUGGCAACAUGACAGAUUUCAACACCCCUGAGCCUACAGUGGUUCGGGAGCCACUAAACACCAGAACAGGACAGUGUCCCAACUUUGACAGCCCAGUUAGUCUCCCAGCUACUCCACCUAAGAGCCACUACAGGGCCAAUGGCACCUACCUCCACCCUGUCACCGGCAAACCCUUGGACCCUAAUUCACCACUAGCUCUGGCCCUGGCAGCCCGUGACCGCGCCAUGAAGGAGCAGCAAAAUCAUCCUCAAAAUCAGACACAAACGUCUCCUCAGGUUCAACAAACACUCAAGCAUGAGACUCAGUCCCUACCUGUGCAGCCAAGCCACAAACCAGACCUCAACCAACCGCUGUUUAUUGACACCAAACUACGCUCCGGCAUAGAGACCAGUUUUGCUGCAAUCACAACAGCAACCAUGGGAAGACCUAGUCGAGGUGGCCUGCGGAGGCAAGUAACAGAGCACAAAUAUGAAUCAGAUAGAGCAGAAAGGCAACAUCAAACAGUUGAGGAAAGAAAAAGUGCACCUGCAGAUGUCUCAGAUCCUUCACAACCCAAGUCAGCUGGCCUGCUGAUGGUCCACACCAGCACAGAACCAAACAACAAGGUCAACCAUAACUCCCCAGAGGUUGAAGGGCAGGACAGUAACAAGCCAUCAGAGCUGAAAGAUCCCAAUCAAGUAGAGCCUUUCAGUACUUCUACCCUUUCUUCCAAUUCCCAGCCUCCAUCAUCACGGAGAAGGAGUAUUCCCUUAAUGGAGUCCAUGGAUGAGCCAGUAAAACUCCCCUUUCGCAUUCCCCCUCCUCCUUUGGCCUCAGUUGAUGUUGAUGAGGACUUUGAUUUUUCAGAACCCCUUCCCCCACCGUUGGAGUUUGCCAACAGUAUUGACAUUUCUGAUGAUCAAGCAAGUGCAAUUGCAGAGUUAAUUCAGCAGCAGAGACGUAAUGGGGGUCCUGCUCUACCUCCCUAUCACACUCAUGCUCCACCACCUGUAAUUGAUCAGCACAAACGGAUGGCAAACAACAUGCCUCCUCUCUAUCCACCUCCUCCUCCUGACCCAGAAUCAGGGGUGGGUGAUUCAGGCAUUGAAGAAGUGGACAGUCGCAGCAGUGGGGAUCCUCAGCACAUGGAGACCACCAGCACCGUUUCCAGCAUUUCCACACUGUCAUCAGAGGGAGGCUUCUGCGACAGUGUGCUGGAGAGCCUCUACACCACGGCGGAUGGGCAUGCAUUUCUGGCGGAUCGGCCCCCUGUCCCACCCAAACCCAAAGGCAAGUCUGUCAUCAACAGAACGUCACUUUAUCAUGAUGCCCUCAUUGAGGAGCCCCCAGAGUCAUAUGGGCCACCGCCCAAGGCCCCACCUCCUUCAUCCUCUGAGCCUCCUAGAACUUCUACUCAAAGGACAUCCAAGCUGUGGGGUGAUCAAGCCCCAGAGCUACGGAGCCCCCCGUCCACACCAGAUACCAAGAACACUGUUAUCACAGAGCUGAGCUCCAUUCUGCAGCACAUUAACCGUGACAGGCCGCCCCGGCCCGGAGAAAGUCUUGGCUCCCCCACCGGGACCAGGGGCACCUUUGGAACAAGGCCGCCCACAGAAGACUCAGGAAUGCGUAGCAACGCCACUGCACUUGCCUCCACGCCUCCCAGCAGCCUCCCCUCCCAGACACACCCGUGCAGCCCACCGGACUCUGCCUCCUCCCUCACUCCUUGCUCUUCGCUGCCGCCCUCUGUGUCGCCCUCCCUCACCGACGUCUUCGGCCUGCCCACUCCACCCAUGGGCAGCGGAGGCGGCUACAGCCUCAGCUCAUCGUGCGGCGGCAGCGGGAGCUCACGCUCCCCAUCGCCGCUCACACUGAUGCAGGCAGUGGCCGCCUCGGGGAAGCCUUUUGUCUCCAAACCCAUGGAGCUGUGGAGCAAACACGACGUGGCGGACUGGCUGGAGAGCCUGAACCUCGGGGAGCACAGGGACGCUUUCCUGGACAAUGAGAUCGAGGGCGCUCACCUGCCCUCGCUGCAGAAAGAGGACCUGAUAGACCUGGGCGUGACGCGGGUGGGGCACCGCAUGAACAUCGAGAGGGCCCUGAAGCUGCUGCAGGACAGAUAAGGAGCCAGCGAGGUGAUGAGUGGAGUCGGAGUAGAGGAGAGGGAGAGUCUAAAGUCGUGGGUCUGGGUGGAAGAGUGUCCGAGCUGAUGCCACCUCUUGCCAUUUUCGUCUUCUCUCAUCCUCCUUUGUCGCCCUCAUCUCAGUGCUCCCGUCGUGUCGGCACUCUUCUUCCUCGCUCCCACUGUCCUGAGCAUCAGGGGAUUCCAAAACAUCACAAGAAAUCACAGCGGGAGACAGAAGCGAUUAGCUGCUACUUGACAUGGAGGAGAACGCGGUGGAGGCCGGUGUGAAGGACGUCCAGAAGAACGCUGGAAACACAGAAACACUUGUUGAUGCUUUCUUCCAAACGCUUUGGAAUACUACUGACUUUUUCCAGACACCCGGAGCGGGUACCUGAAAAACAAACCAGCUGAGCUGGUCAUUGCUCUUUUUCUAUCUUUGCUAGAGUUUGUUCAGAGAAUAUUUCUUCACUAGAGUCCCACCGGAGUUAUAUUUCUGGGUGCAUCCAAGGACGGAGGGAAAUUUGACAUGGACUCGGACUUUUUUCUUUUUUGUUUUCACUUAUUUGUGUCAAGACGACAACAUCAGCUGGUACAUUUUGAAUUUAAAAAAACAUAUUCCGUAGAUGCUCCCUGUAGGACACACCCACUCAGCAUCCACAUCAUCAGUCCACAUGUGCAGCAAAAGCCAGUCUAGGACACGAGCUAGACACAGCGUCUCAAUCCACUUUUCAGGCGAGAAUUCCCAUGUUGCUUCACUUUAUACCCAUGAUGUUUUACCGCAACCAAAGAUUAACAAACUCUAAGGCUGUCUCCAAGUUCGGGGGUCAUCUCCUUUGAAGGCUGCGUUCUACAAAGAUAAUUUUUUAGUGCUUAUUUAUACUUUACUCAUAAACAUUAGUUAUUUAUAGUUGUACAUAUGCAGCCCAAUAAUUGUUCCUUUUUUGUUUUUUAAUUUGCCAACCAUUUUGUCAGGGAAAUCAAAAUCCCGCAAUGACUCUUGGAAUUGUUUGGAUGUGUUGUAUCCUUCGUUUUCAUUGGCUGCAUUCCAAGGAGCUUUUGAAAUGAGACUAUGACACAUGCAGUCAACAAAUGCAGCCUUAGAAGGAUGCAGCCCCGGAUUGAGACACAGCUAAAGUGUUCCCUCGGUUAUUGUUUCCUGGGAGAUUAACUACAAUGCUACAUUCAUGCAGCUAUAACCCUGGAUCCCUAUUGGAUCUCAUAAAUUAGUUAAAUACUAACUAGCAUUAACUUAAGCAGCAAACCAAAUUUACAGUUUAUGUCAGCUUACCAACAUGUUGGUCUCAGGCGGUACAGCAAGUUAUCCACAAACCAAAGGGUCAGUGGUUUUCAAUGGUAACAUAUUUGUGUUCGCCCGGUCCGACAGUGCAAAAGGGUUUGAACUUAAGAGCUUCAUGAUCUUGACUAUAUUCUUGAAGAUUACUGAGAAAUGAGGGUCAUACAGCAGUACUGGGGCACAAAUACCUCUUUGAUGAGUUCCGACAGUUGCCCGUGUCCGUAUAAAACUGGGGAACAUUUAUGUGCUGUAAAACAUCUGGAUCCUGGAAAGAUGGGAGUGAACCCAGUUCGAUCCUGAGUGCAGAUGAAUGUUGAUGUGUCCUUGACACACACAUGAGCUCUAAACUGCUCAAUCUGGGCUCCUUUUCCCUCUUUCAGCCCCAAACAACUGUGGCCCAAAGAUUUCAAGUAAGAAAAAGUUAGCUGAGCAACAUAUACUGUCACAUGCAGCAGUCUGUCAGGUCAGUGGGCGCCACCGCAGCUACGCAUCUGCAUUCUCAUUUCCAUGGAGAAAGGGAGCUUUUUGUUGAGAUUUCAUUGGUCCGUGAAAAUGAAAUAAAGGGGUAUUUUUCUAGAACUGCCCCGAGAGAUCACAAAAAAGACUGUUUAAUUUAGACCCAGU